AGUUUCCACGACAGCUGGGAGCCGUGCGAUACCUCCUCGCGUAUUGCUUUCUUAUAGAAUACGUAGGGACUGUCCUUAUUUCAACAUCCGCAAACAAACUUUUGGCGGCAUGGGAGACAAGAAGAGUCCAACCAGGCCGAAGCGUCAACCAAAGCCUUCGGCGGAAGAGGGAAAUUGGGACUGUAGCGUUUGCACAUACAAGAACACCGCGGAGGCUUUCAAGUGCAUGAUGUGCGAUGUAAGGAAAGGGACGUCAACACGGAAGCCUCGUCCUGUCUCCCAGCUGGUUGCUCAGCGGGUAGCGCCGCAGUUCGCCUCGCCCACGCUGCUGCCCAAGAAGGACAAGAAGGACAGAACGGACCAGGAGAAGAAUGACAAAGAGCCCACAGUGAAGAAGAACAACCACAAGAAGAUGAGGUAA